CCAUUUAGGCCGUCGCCUACCAGUCUCGUGCCAACUCCCACACAUCACCGCCGCCGCAGCCGCCGCCGCCGCCAGCACCGACGCCGAAGAACGGCCGGGAAAUGGCCUUGCCGGUGAUCCCCAGCAAGCUCCUGGCGGAUAUCUUCCUCCGCCUUCCCACCCCAGAGGACCUCAUCCGCGCCUCCGCCGUCUGCGUCUCCUUCCGCCGCCUCGUCGCCGACCGCGCCUUCCUCCGGCGCUUCCGCAAGCUCCACCCUCCGCCCCUCCUCGGCUUCGUCGACUACAGCGGCUUCCACCCCGCCGAACCGCCUCAUCCCUCCGCGCCGGCGGCCAGCGCCGUCGCCGACGACGACUUCGACUUCGACUUCGGCUUCCUCCCCGGGUCCUCCUUGGACUGGACCGUGCGUGAGGUCCGUGACGGCCGCGUCCUCCUCGACAGACCCGGCCGUCACGAGCCCCUCUUCAAGGAGACGGUGGUGUGCGACCCCCUGCACCGGCAGUACCUCCUGCUUCCCCCGAUCCCCGGUGACGUAGCCGCUUCGGUUGCGGUCCAACUCCUGAUAGAGAGGCGGGGCUUCGCCGGUUGCUUCCUCGUCCCUUCCGGCGACGAAGAAGAGGCAGACGCAACGGAGACGUCGUUCAGAGUGAUCUGGCUGGUGGUGCUUGAAAAUAAACCGGUCGCCGCUGUCUUCUCUUCCACCACAGGGCAAUGGCGAGCCAUUACACCCCUGAUUUGGAGCUUACCUGGCUUACAGUUAUCGACAUGGAAGUUUUGGUUCGUGUCGCGCCACUGCGCGCAUGGCUGCUUCUACUGGAUUUCAGGUUCAAUUGAAAAAUUGAUCGUGCUUGACAUCCGUAAGAUGGAGUUCUCCAUGGUUGAUCACCCACCCUGUGCCAGACAUUUGGGCGAUGAUGUGGCCAUCGCGGAGGGAGGCCAAGGCAGGACUAUGAUGUUUGUGCCUAAACCAGACACAAAAUGCCUUAUUUAUACUGUUUGGUGGCGAAAUAAUGGUGGGAAUUCCACCCAGUGGCAGAUGGAGAAGACAAUCUCGCUGGAUUCUGACUGCGUAAUCGAGGGUGCAGUUGGGAGGCACUUGCUCCUAUAUUAUGUCGGAGUCUCGUCGGCCAAGCAAGGUUGUUACACGCAGGACGUCGACACAUUGCAGCUUGAGAGGGUGUGUUAUUCAUGUCCAAAACAGUCACAAGUAUAUUGCAACUUCCCACCAUCGUUAUUAUCAUCACCGACAGUGUCAAGUGUCCCACGCCACGCCGACCACCGAGGAGUGGACGACGCUGUGCCGGCACCAGAACCACGAGAAGCUGACCUCGCUGGGGGACCGCCGUGCAAGCGCGGUCGUCGCAGCGGCCGCUCGGGCUCCAGAACCCUUGGAGGCGGGUCGCGGUGGACGGGGAGAAGGAGGCUGAGGCUUGACCCGUGGUGGACGAGGGCCUGGGGGCGGAUGAGGGGCCAGAUCAAGGUGUUGUCCAGGACGGCUGCGACCAAGUCCUUGGGCGGCAGGGGCUUGCCUUGACCAGGAUCUGCUAGCAGCUAGCUGAUGGGGACAUGGGAUGACUCGAUCCUUUUUGUAAGAUUUAUACUACUGGUCUGCUGCGUGUUGAUCUUUUUGGUUUCAGAACAGAAAACGGUACCGUUGUCAACACCCAAACGGCUUGAUCUAGUUACGAAAUCAAGCUGCAGUCUUCGAGAGGCAAGAUCGGCUGCUGCACGGCUAUGUCGCUGUGAGAUUUUUUCCAUCCAAGCAUGAACGCACUAGUUGAACUUGAUUCUUGUUGGUCCACUUCUUUGAUCCCCGUGUGCUGUUGUAGCAGGCAAGGGCUAAAUACCUGGCAUCCUGGUUGAUCUAGCUAGCUAGCAUAUGGAUCCAGCACCAACAAAGUGAAUGAUCCCUUUUUCAUACAAUUUUUAGUUUCUGAACCUUGGCUCCAGGAGGUGCAGAGAUGAGCAUUCUGGUUGAAAUGCGCUCGAGAUGCACAUGGAUUUGCAUUUGUCAGUAGCAGCUAGCUUGUCGAUGGCAGAGUUUCUGUUUAAUACUCUAUAUAUGCAGUAGGUCAAUCUGACGACUUGCUGUCGCUUCAUUUA